AAAAUUAAUUACCCAAACAGUACCUACCUACCUACUACCUACCGACAAUAAAUUACAUAAAAAAGAAUCAUCAAAUAAUAUGGCUAAAAUGAAAAGGUUCGAAGAGUUAAAUCAAAUACAAUUUUUUCUUGAUGAUGUAGAUAACGAAAUAACCAUGUUAUUACAAAGUCUGCAAUGGGAUAGAAACAAACUUAUAUCGGAUGUUACAAAGACUGCUUGCAUUUACAAUCAUCAUCACACAGUUCCCAGCAGUAGUAAAGUAUCUCAUGAAGAAAAAUGCUUCUUAAAAACAGAAGGCUAUUGCAGUAAUGAUAAACUAUUGCCUGAGCCUUUUGAUAACAAUUCUGACACAAUUGUUCAAUUAGGUUCAGAUGAUAUUAGAAAUAUAAUCGAUGUUGCAUCUAAAAAUGAUCCAUUAUUUAAAAGAGGCUGUGGGUCGGCCACGCAUCCUCUGACGGUGGAGCGUCUCCAAGCAACCUUCACAGCGGACGAGCGGCACGCGAUACACGAUGCUGUGGUUCGCACCGCCCCUGCCCGCCAUGAUCUCUCCGACCUCGCUCUCCUGGAUGGCAGCGCAGUCAAGGAGGAAGGUAAAACGAAGAGUCGAGUUGAGAUACUGGCCGAACUGCGCAACAUGAAGCGGCGUCGCGCCAAGUAUCGGGUCGCUGCUAAAACCAAGAACUACUCCGACAUUCUGCGGGACGUCAUUAAGACACAGAUGGAGCUCUAUACCGAAACACAGACGCAUAGCAAAAAUGGAUCGAAGCAGCAAAUUAAGAACGAAAUACACGAUAUAUCAACUUCUGUUCUUCAUAUUAAAAGAGAAAGGAGUUCCUCGACAGAAAACUAUAGAAAAAGCGUAGAUAGAAUCCAUAAUCAUCGACAUAUAGAUAUUAGUAAUGAUAGGGAUAGAAGACCGAGAUAUGACGAAAGGAGUAGAAAAUACGAUAGAAAAAGUGAUCAGCGUCAAAGAGACGAAAGAUCCGAAAAGUCAAAAGUUUCUUAUUCCAAAAGCUAUGAUCACAACAGUUACUCUAGUUCUUAUAGGAAUGGGAGUCGGGGAGAUUCUCACAGACAUAAGAACUCAAGAAUUGACGACAGUAGGUAUCAUGAUAGACAUUCUUAUGAAAAAAUAAAAUAUGAAGAGAAGAGAUCAAGACAGAAGGAUUUUAUUAAAUGUGAGCCGAAUUUUGGACAUAUUCAUGAGAAAAGAAAGAACGAAGAAAAGAAAAUACCAAGAGAUCGGGAAUCAAUAAAACGAGAACCUGAUUACUCUGGAUAUUAAGAUAAACAUAAGGGAAGUAGAUAUUAGGAGGAAUACGAGAAUAAUAUGAAUUAGAAAGAUAAAAGCAGUUUUUGUAGUUGUUUGAUUUGUAGUCAUGAUUCAAAAGUGCUUAGUUAAAGCCUAAUUGCAUAAAAUUUAUUUGACUUUAACUUUGUAUGUAGCUUGGGGAUGUAUACUACUAAAAUACUUCUGGAACAUAACCGAUGCUGUAUCGUCUAGAGAUCGGACUUACGUGUGAUACUAAGAUGUGUAAAAAUACAUUUGUUAAUAAAGGCAUAAAGGCAUUUCUUUUCUCAAAA